GAUUUCUCCGGGUCUUUUUCUUGCGCGCAGAUUACUUGAUUGUGUGUGUUAACUUUGAUAGAUCAACAACGCUGAGUUUCCCGCCUUCAUCAACACCCUAGAAGAACUUGUAGGCCUUCCAAAAGGCUCGCUUCUACCGAAGUCGAUAGAGAAAGUAGUGACAAUGAGAGAUAAGCACGGGAACACUAUUAACAUCGACCAAGAGGCGACCAACGAGCUCCUCAAGCGUCUUGAGAUUCCAAAUGGAAACACCGGGCUUUUGGAUUACGUCCGGAUGAGGUUAAAAGAGCAGGAGAACAGGAAGAAGGAUCUCACUGAGGAAGAUGUGCUCAGCCGGUCCACAGUCGAGGGGUCGUACACAGACGACUCGACUGGAGGCCUGGACUUGCCGAGUACUGGACCCGUCCGCGGGACCACUCCGAGUCCGGGGCGUCGCGGGGCCACUCCGAGUCCGGGGCGUUCUAACCAGCCCAAGCUGUCGGAUCAACUACUAGGUCCACGGCCCGGCAGAAUAUCUGCCUUCGUCGACCCGAACGAUUCGACUAUAUACAAGGUAGAAGAGGAUUUGGAACAAUCCGUACUUCUCAGAAAUACCGACUUGGCCCCGAAGGCCGCCUCCCAACGUGACCCAGAGGAAAUCGCGCGCGUCUAUGCGGAGGUGAGACGACUCAAAGCUCUGGUCAGCCUGAAAGAAACGGCCUUGAAGGAUUUACAAGAAACCGCCGAAGACUGGGAUAAGAAGUUCCUGAACAUCGAAAGAAGUAAGGAUUCCAUGCAUAGUGAAUUCGACAGAACGAUGUCCGUCCUGGUGGAUGAACGUGACAAACUUGAGGCAGACCUUGAGCGUGUCCGAGCAGAGUUUAGGGAGGCCAAGGACACAAAAGAUCGCGAGAUCCGGGCCCUCAAGGAGCAGGUCCGCGCGCAACAAGCCGAUAUCUACCAGUUGGAGGAAGAAGCGUCGCAAGUAAAGGCGGUGCAGCCGAAACGCGACACCGUAAGGGAAAAUAAACUGUCCGAUGAGAUUGAAGACCUGGUGGCGCAAUUGGUAGAGGAGAAGAACAAGACUAGGUUGAUGGAGAGCCGUAUCCUCAACUACGCUGAGUCGCAGGCCAAGCACCUGAAUGAAUUAGCAGAUAUUCAGCAGGAGCUCAAGUCCUUGAAGGAGCUACUAGCCGAGAAAGAUGAAGAGAAUGACAGGCUCGGUAAAUUUAUCUUCGAUUUGGAGGAUACACUUGAGGCCGCCGCCGCCGCUGACAAGGCUUCUACAACUGCCCCGGCCGUUACCAAGAAACCCGCUACGGCUGGAAUUACCCAGAAUCCUGGAGACUUCGGUAUGGGCUCGGAGUCGAGUGGUGUCAGAUACGAGGAAUCCCCCGAAUAUGUGCGGGGCCCCUUCGAGGAUUCCCCCUCCCGAAUCCCCGCUGGUAUCCGUCGCAAGCAAUCGAUCGAUCACACCGUAUACAUGCAUUGGGCUGGCAGAGAGGUCCAGACAGACAUUGAGAUCCCACCAGGAGAAGAGAGGCUCGUCAGUGGGUGUGUAGCGUGGCUCCAGGACCCAACCCUCGCGGCCAUCAACGAACUCAAGCAACAAAUACCGGAAGUGGUCGAGGAAGCCAGCUCUAACGAUGCCGAGUGUCAGACCGCCGAGGCUUGGCCCAAACCGAUUACUGUCGAAGAGGAGAUUCAACGGCAGCAGGCAGAAAUGGAGGAUUAUGGGAUUCAACGGCGGCAGGCAGAGACGGAGGAUCAUGGGACACAAGCGGAGCUGGCGCCGACGGAGUCCGCUGUUCCCGCUUCAUACCCCGAGGACCACUACCAAGAGACAAUCAUCACCGACAACGCGACCCGCACCUUGCUAUACGACCUCACGAUGAAGUCCGAGCUAACCCUCGCCGACCGCGCCUUCUUGAACGAUUUCGUUAUGAAGCAGUCCACCUCGCCGAACCGCGAGAUCUUACACAACGUGUGGAGACUCGCCCAGCCGGCCGCUCGCGCUCUCCGCAUGGCCGCUGCGAAGACGUACGACGGCUCCUCCGCUGCCGGCUACAUCUUCAAGUUCCACCGGAUCCACGGGCCGAUGGGAGUCUUCGCCUGGCCACUGCGGCUGCUCUGGGACGCCUUCCACGGCCUGGACCAGGCAGACUACUAUGCCUCGACCAACCCCCGCGGCGGCAACGAGCAAGCGGCUCUCGACUCCAACAACCUCUCUACCGAAUCCGCCGACUCCGCCGCCAACCCGCAACCGAAACCAAAGUCCGCCCCCCGCGGCCGUCAAGCGACACUCCUUCGCGCCGGCCCAUGGCCAGGCUUGGCGUGGAGCAUCCUCACCGCCGGCCUAUACCUCUUCAUACUCAUACUUCUCCUAAGCAACCUACACAUGUACCGCAGCAUGAAGCAGGAACAGAACCUCUGGGUCCGCGCCAACGAGCCCAGCCCUGCGAGGUUCACGAAUCCGGGCUUCCGGAGGGUGUGUCACAGCAGUAAUGGCUGGGGUUGGAGGUGGAGGGAGCUGAUUAUGGUGUGGGUUAAUGAACAGGGGAGGAGCUGGCCUGCGUAAGUGGAGGAAUGGGCGGAUGGGCGGAUGGGCGGAUGGGGGAAAGCAUGGGAAUGUGAUGGAUGGGAUGGGUAUUCGGCAUGGGAAUUGGGUUUUGAUAUGCG